GGCCGAGCCGGGCGCCUGAGGGAGCCGCGGGAGCCUCAGGGAGCCGCGGCCCGCGCCCUGCGCCGCCGCCGCCGCGGCCGCCUGCUCGCUUCCUCCGGGUUCUCAGCCCCGGGUGCUGAGGCUCGGGUCUAUAAAUAGCAGGUUACAGCUCCUGCUCGGCGCGCACACGCUCACAAGCGAACGCAGGAAAGUCAGGCUAAAAGUGUCUGCUGCUGCUGCCGCCCCCCACUCCGCCUCCGGGAGAGAACCCAAAGAAAUGGUGUUACCUAGCAAGAGAUCUGCUGUUUUUUAUGAAGAUUCAGAUCAAGGCUGCUGAGCUUUAACUGACGUGGGUCCCUCCCUCUUGAAGCUUGCUGUCUGAGCUCUAAAGUUAGCAAAGCAAUAAUCGAAUAGCAGAGCAAUUUGAGGAAUACAACAGUAAAGCAGAAUUUCAUAGUGGAAUAUAGACCUUUAAUGUGAAAAACAUCUAUAUUAAACUAGGAAUCACUGUCAGUAACAUUUGGACACAGAAAUUUGGAAGAUUAAAUAAGUGUGAAAGUUGAUCAUGGAAAUCAAAGAGGAAGGAGCAUCAGAAGAAGGCCAGCACUUUCUUCCCACACCUCACGCAAAUGAUACUGGGGACUUCCAGUUCACAAGUAUUCAGAAGACUCCAAAUGAACCACAGUUGGAGUUCAUCCUUGCAUGCAAGGAUCUGGUGGCCCCCGUUCGUGAUCGGAAGCUGAACACACUGGUGCAGAUCUCAGUCAUCCACCCCGCGGAGCAGGGUCUGACAAGAUACUCGAGCACGGAAAUUGUGGAGGGAACAAGAGACCCACUGUUUUUGACUGGUGUCACAUUCCCAUCUGAGUAUCCCAUCUAUGAGGAGACCAAAAUAAAGCUAACAGUCUAUGAUGUCAAGGAUAAAUCUCAUGACACUGUUCGAACCAGUGUCCUACCUGAGCAUAAGGAUCCCCUGCCAGAGGUUGGGCGAAGCUUCCUGGGCUAUGCCAGUUUUGAAGUGGGGGAGCUUCUGAAGUCAAAGGAGCAGCUGCUGGCCCUGAGCCUGAGAACUUCAGAUGGUGGCAAAGUUGUUGGCACCAUAGAAGUCAGUGUCGUGAAGAUGGGGGAGAUUGAGGAUGGGGAAGCCGACCACAUCACCACAGAUGUGCAGGGACAAAAGUGUACACUGGUAUGUGAAUGUACAGCCCCAGAAAGUGUGAACGGAAAAGAUAACUUACCUUUUUUGAAUGCAGUGCUAAAGAACCCGGUGUGUAAAUUAUAUAGAUUUCCCACAUCUGACAAUAAGUGGAUGCGAAUCCGGGAGCAGAUGUCAGAGAGCAUACUUUCUUUUCAUAUUCCUAAGGAAUUGAUUUCUCUUCACAUAAAAGAAGAUUUGUGUAGAAACCAGGAGUUAAAAGAACUUGGCGAGCUUUCUCCACACUGGGACAAUCUACGGAAAAAUGUCCUUACUCACUGUGAUCAAAUGGUGAAUAUGUACCAAGAUAUUCUGACAGAACUUAGCAAGGAAACAGGGUCCUCUUUCAAAUCAAGCAGCAGCAAAGGAGAGAAAACAUUAGAAUUUGUUCCAAUAAAUCUACAUCUACAAAGAAUGCAUGUACACAGCCCUCACUUGAAAGACGCUCUCUACGAUGUCAUCACUGUGGGAGCCCCAGCUGCCCAUUUUCAGGGAUUUAAGAAUGGUGGUCUUCGGAAACUACUCCAUCGAUUUGAAAUGGAAAGACGAAAUACUGGAUACCAGUUUAUUUACUAUUCGCCUGAAAACACAGCCAAAGCAAAAGAAGUUCUCAGCAACAUCAAUCAGCUCCAACCUCUGAUAGCAACCCAUGCAGACCUACUGCUUAAUUCUGCAAGCCAGCAUUCUCCAGACAGCUUGAAGAAUUCUUUAAAGAUGCUUUCAGAAAAAACAGAGCUUUUUGUACAUGCCUUCAAGGAUCAGCUGGUCAGAAGUGCUCUUUUGGCCCUCUACACUGCCAGACCAGGAGGUGUCCUUAAGAAACCACCGUCUCCUAAGAACAGCACAGAGGAGAGCUGUCCCCAGGACCCACCCGCGCCGAUGAGAAGGCAGGACUCCAUACCACACCAUUCAGACUAUGAUGAGGAAGAGUGGGAUAGGGUGUGGGCCAACGUGGGGAAAAGCCUGAACUGCAUUAUUGCCAUGGUUGAUAGACUGAUUGAAAGAGAUGGCAGCAAUGAAGGCGGUGGUGGUGGCAGCCAAGAUGGAGAAAAGGACCCCUCUCUAGUGGACCCCAUCAUAACUCAUCCAAGGGAGGACUGGUAUGAACAGCUGUAUCCCCUCAUCCGUACCCUGAAGGACUGCAUGGGAGAAGUGGUGAGCCGAGCCAAGCAGUCCCUGACCUUCGUGCUCCUUCAGGAACUUGCGCACAGCUUGCCCCAGGGCUUGAUGCUGACGCUCAGAAGGGACAUCGUCUUCAGCCAAGCACUUGCUGGAUUGGUUUGUGGUUUUAUCAUUAAAUUACACACAAGUUUGCAUGACCCUGGGUUCCUACAGCAGCUUCACACAGUGGGAUUGAUAGUGCAGUAUGAAGGACUGCUAAGUACAUAUAGUGAUGAAAUCGGAAUGCUAGAGGACAUGGCUGUUGGCAUUUCAGAUUUGAAGAAAGUCGCAUUUAAAAUAAUUGAAGCCAAAUCCAAUGAUGUCUUGCCAGUUAUAACAGGAAGGCGUGAACAUUACGUGGUGGAGGUGAAGCUUCCCGCGCGGAUGUUUGAGGCACUGCCUUUACAGAUUAAAGAGGGACAAUUGCUCCAUGUGUAUCCAGUACUUUUUAAUGUUGGAAUCAACGAACAACAAACUCUGGCAGAGAGGUUUGGAGAUGUCUCUUUGCAGGAAAGUAUUAAUCAAGAAAAUUUUGAACUUCUAAAAGAAUAUUACACAGCAUUUAUGGAAAAGAUGCCACCUGAUUACAUUUCACAUUUUCAAGAACAAAAUGAUUUAAAAGGAUUACUAGAAAAUCUCCAUCAAAAUAUCCAAGCCAAAAAAAGAAAGAAUGUGGAAAUCAUGUGGCUGGCUGCAACGAUUUGUCGCAAACUAAAUGGUAUUCGUUUCACCUGUUGCAAAAGUGCCAAGGACAGGACGUCCAUGUCGGUGACCCUUGAACAGUGCUCCAUCUUGAGAGAUGAGCACCAGCUGCACAAGGACUUCUUUAUCCGAGCCCUGGAUUGUAUGAGAAGCAGACAAACCCAGGGAGCACUGAGUGAAUCCGAUGAUCCCGAAACAGGCUGUCUAACUGAUAACAAGCCAACUUCUCGACACUUCUAUCCCGUCGCCUUGCUGCUUGUCAGCUCACACCUGCUCGUUGUGUGGCUUAUUCUAAGUCUUGCGUUACUAUUAGCCAAAUACCAAUAAGUUUUAUGUUGUAUCCCUUUCUUUUCUACAAAUGACAAUGGACUUUAAAUUACGGGGGGUGAUGCUGUAAUAUUUCUACAUUUUCAAAUUCACAGAAUUAAAAAAAAAAAAAAAAAAAAAAAACCAGACCAAAUGUUUGAAUUGUAAGUGUUUUGUUUGUUUUUCCUAAAAAUCUACAAAAAGAAGUACUAUGCAUUAAGGGAAUUAUUUUGCUCUUUUGUUCAUGGAAAAGUGUUUCCCACUGUGAACUAGCUCAAAAGAAUUUUAAAAUUACCGUCUUUGGAAUAAAACAAAGAACAGAAUCCUGAAAGCUUGAAGUUCUGCACCUCCCGUUUCUCUUCCCAUUCAGUUUAUCAAAAACAAUUAAGAAUGAAUUGGCACAAGGCGCUGAAACCGUGAGACAAGUCUUAGAGACGUGGGAGGUUCCAGACUUGAUUUCCACUGUGCUAAUAUCAUUGUUGCUGUCCGCUGAUAGAACCUUCUGUUUGAUUCCUUAACCUUUGAGUUAUGUUAGUUCUUGGCUUCAAUUGACCCUUCACUGUCACGCAAUUUUAUGGAGAGAGUGGCUCUUUAUGUUUUGUAAUUAAAUUAACCUGUUUGUAAUUAUUGUUUGGGUUGAUUUGGCUCUCGGAGUACUUUUCUAUUCUUUCUAACCAGGUCUUGUUCGUGUCCCACACGCCAUUUUCAGCACCUGUGACUUUUGUACUGUCUGUGCACAAGCCCCCUUCCUUUAUAAAGCGGAGACUUGGACCAGGCUGUUGGGAAAGCCAUUCUUCUCUUCGUUGCACAGCUAAAAUAAUGAAGUAAAAUAGAGAUGAAGUUUUCCUUUAAAAAUCUAUAGGGCCAGACUUAAUCAAUUAAAUGCCUUAUUCUUAGAACCUGCAUCCUUAGGGCUACAUGUAGAUUUUAAUGUGUUUUAAAGAGACUGAGAAGUUAAUUUGUGGAAAAGUUAUUUAAAAAAAAAAGGCAGAUAUAUUUAUGAGACGAAAGUGAAGCCGUAUUGUGGAGCAAAUUAUAUUUAAAGAGUUUAUUAAACCUUAAAUAUCGGUUAAGAGCAAAGAGACUUGAAUCAUCUCUUUCCGAGGGCAAUAACGGUAUUGGGCCUGGCCUAGGAUUUAACUUUGUAAGAUGUAUCAUCAUUUGUGGAAAAAAAAAAAAUGUAGAGUUGACUCUUUGUUAUUUUUACUUGGACUGUUGCUGCAACUCUGCAUUGAACAAAUAAAGCAUAUUUCUUUAUUCUGUGUUUCAUG